CCUUUCUUCACUAGAAGUUGCCUGUGUGCGCACUUGCUUGUUUGAUGUUGCUGUUUAGGGAGCUUUGCAUCAAACAGAAAUGGCGUGGUAUGUAGUACUUACUGGAUUUACAAAGUAUGAACAUGGUCGCCGAAUUCGUUCUGGUCGUUCUUUCUUUUUUGCAAAGUGCGUCUGAAGUGUCUGCCAUCUUGCCCAGCCCUCACAACCUGAGUCUACAGACCCUAAAUACUCAAUACAUUCUGAAGUGGGAAUGGGAACAGCAGACUCCAGCCAAUCAGAGCGUCACCUUCACUGCCCAGUAUCUACCGAGGAAUAUACAGGACUGGACCCUGGUGUGCAACGCCACAUUGGACAUGCAGUGUGAUUUCUCCCACUCCCAGAUGCACUACAAUGGGAUCUAUGUGCUCCGGGUCAGGGCUGACAGCGCAGGGGAGAGCUCAGAGUGGGUCCAGACUACUGAGUUCUGGCCUGACCGGGAUGGAGACCUGGGCCCACCCUCUAAAGUGGAGGUGGUCCCUGGCAACGGAUUGCUAAGGGUAUGGAUUUCUGACCCCUUAACCAGUAACAACAAGUCCAUGAGAGAGCUGUCGCCCAGCCUAUAUUUCUUCAUCCAGUACUGGAAGCAGACCAAGAAUGUGGUGGAAGGUAGCAGAGUUUUAAGAACAAGUAAAAAUGAGGUGACGCUGUUGAACCUGCAGAGCUGGACCACUUACUGCGUGAGAGUGCGCUCUCAUUUUGACUACUACAAUAAGACCAGCCAUUUCAGCCCUGCUCUUUGCAUGAAAACCACAGGGCAGGUACCCGCCUGGCUGGUCAUCCUGGCACUGUGCCUUGUGUUGGCAGCGCUGUUCUUCGGCCUCUACAGAUCACUGCCCCUGAUCAAAUCCACCUUCUUCCCCUCUGCCCAGCUUCCAGUCAGCAUGUACCCGUGCGACUCCUCUGGGCCAGACUGGGCUCACCUCCUGGCUGCAGAGACGCCGGUGGAGGUGUUCUGUGAGAAGCUGGAAGUGUGCCCCAAGGAGAUGCCACCCGAAACGCAGGCCCUGCCUGACCCCCCCAGGCACAGCCACCAGGGCAGCCACGUCAGGGUAUACCUCAUCGAGGGUCAGCCAGCAGAGGGCAUCUGGCAGAUGGACAGGCACGGACAGAUGGGCGUAAGCCACAGGCAGUGA